ACACGACUCAAUCAUGACUUCAAGUUAGAGCUUGUUCCAGGAUGGCCUUCGUUAGAAUGCAAAGGUGACCAAACGAGACCUCGAGCUCUUCGGACCAUGGAAGCAGAUCGCCAUGGUGCCCUCAUUGGGGGCCUUUACUCCAACACUGCGCGGCAGACCGAGUUCGAGAUCUCUACCUUGCGUUCUCACUGCAAGUUUGACGAUGAAAACGUCCUUCAAGACACUCCACGGGUUAGAAGAAAGAAGUCCAAAUCCAAAGUAUCUCGCCUUCAGCAGGAAUCGUCCUGCAAUCGUUUGACAAAGACCAUUGGCCAGCUGAGAGUAGAGAUGGCCAUGCGCGCCAAGGCGGAUGAGGUCAUGCGCCUCAAGCAGGCACACGCCAAGGAAGCCGGCAGCGAGACUGCCAGCUCAGGAGGUGCAGGCGAUUUGGCUAGGGCGAUCCAGGAAAAGAUUGGUCAAAAGCUGGCGGCAGAGCGUCAAGCACAGGAGUCCCCGACAAGUCCAAAAUCGCCGAAGAAGCUCGGGAGGAUGGAAACGUCCUCUUUCGUCUCCACUGGCAUCUAUGAUGGCCCUUGGUCGUCGAAGUUUACAGCUUCAAAGAGCCCUGGUGCACUCAAUCGCUGGAAAUCUGACCAGCGACCCGAUCCAGCCUGGUACAAGGUGCAGUACAACAUGGUCCAUGGUCGGCCCAGGGUCCCCGACUUUGGAGAAAGGGCGAGGCACAGAAGUGCGCCACUUGCACUCUGCGACCAUGCGCCUACCUCCCCGAAACAAGCCCAAGGGACGUUCGGCCUUACCAGCAUUGACGUCGACAUGGACGACGAUUGGAGGUAUGACGAUAUCAAGAUGCAACCAGAAGGUGCAGGUGGGAGUUACAUCGCCAAGGCAUUGAACUGGGACCAGUACAACAACUUGCGUGUUGGUCGACAUCCCCAGCUCCACUUCAACCGGGUCACUGAGCCAGCAAAGGAUCUUCACCUCCAGGAUAUCAAGGCAUAUCCCAAGCAACGCUUCCCCGAAUGGGAUUUCACCAAGUCCUUGGGCCGAAGGCCGCUGGCAGAGAAUGACGUGGCGGCUCCGGGCAAGUAUGAAGUGAAUUACAGUGCUGUGCGUGGCAAAGUACCCUCUGGCGUGAGUUAUGAUCGCGCGUUGCCUCGCGAGCUUGCAGAUGGAUUGCUGGGCCAUUUUGCCCUUCAAGCAGUGCUCCAUCCAGAUGCCAAGCGUUUUCCUGGAGGGGUCCGCUUUGACACAUCCACAGCAAAGGACUUUAUCAGGCACAGGAUUACCAACGUCAAUGAUUUUGACAAAGAACUGUCAAGACCACCCUUGCGAGCUCCAGCAGAGUAUCAUGAUACGAGUGAUCCUGUUGCCUGCGAAGUAACGCUGCGCAGGCAAAUGAACUACAACGCAGAUGUUGCAGACCUAUGUGUAGCCCACCGGCGAGACAUGGCGCCAGAAUAUGACCACAUGCUGCCGCGGGGGAAAGCUUCUGUCCAAGGUUUGCGCGCUCUUCAAACGGAUGUGGGUGUUCGCGGGUCAGUUGGCCUUGGUUUCAUUGAGACCACGGGCCAGCGGACGCUCCCGGUGGAACAGUUGGAGGGCAGGAAUUCUAACGCAGCCUAUCACCGUGGCGAUGUUGGCCCCAAGUUUGAUCAUCGUACACUGUUUGAGGCUUUGUGCUUGGAGACAAACUUUACUCAAGGGCAUCCAAUUGUCCACGGCGAUUUUGAAAAGAAGCCUCCUCCUUUGAAGAAAGCCAAAGUUGAGGCUGAGUUCAAACGCCAGGCUGUGAAGGGCUUCACAAAAGGUGUAAAGGGGCUGCCAGAAAAGCCGCCUGAAGCGCGAGGUGCCUUCCGGCGAGUUCGAAGCCUGCCUCAGGUUGGACCACCGGUGGUUCGAAGGGCCCCACCUCCACCUGAAGAGGGGACGGAAGACUGGUCCAAGCUUCUACGAGGGUUGCGAGGGUUGAAAUCUCAUAGCUCACCAGAGCUGCUUGUAUGAGAGUUGACAAUGCCAAAGCAUCAAAGACCUAGUUACAUCGAGGAGCCAGCGUCAACUCUCGCAGAGGUGUGUUCUCGUUAAUGCAUGACAGACUCCAAAGGAGAAUGUCAUUGUACAUCGUGUUGAAGUGCACACUUUAACCUAUCCCUGUGUUUGGUGGUGCUGUUAUCUGGCUUGGUGUUCAUCCAAAAUGUUUCCAGAGACGUGUGUUUCGGUGGCCUGGGUACCGACCGCACAAAGGCUGCUGCAGAGAGUUUCAAGCUGAUUCGCAAGAUGCGAACUGCAAAAAGAGGGUCCAAGGUCCAAUUGCUGUGUUACAUUCAGGACAUUGGAGCCCACGUGUUGUUUCAACGACCACGCGGAAUGAUUUUAUGUUCCAUGCUGACGGC